UUCUUUCUUUCUUUGUUAAUUAGCACUGUUGUAACUAUUUGCCUACAUUCAAUUUGUUAUAUGAUUUUCUGUAUAAAUGUACCAAGCAUUGCAGGCUUAACCCAAGUCAAGAAUUAAGAAGCUGAUCAUUGAGAGUAAUUUGAAUUAGAGUUAUACAUUUUCCACUGGCUUUUUCAAUGGCUAUGAAAGUGAAGCUCUUUUUCAUUUGUGGAAUCUAUCUCUUCCUUUCAUCAUUCACUUCAUGUCAAGGUAAAGAGAGUUGGGAAGAACAAUACCCAUUUAUCAGAUCAGCAAGUUCUUUCUCGCCGCCUCCAUCUUCAUCAGCAUCGUCAUCGGUCGGAUCCAAUGUCGGUGGGAAGGCGUACGAUUACAUUGUGGUUGGAGGUGGAACAGCGGGUUGCCCACUUGCGGCCACUCUAUCUAGGAAUUUCAGUGUGUUAUUGCUUGAGAGAGGAGGAGUACCUUUUGAUAAUCAAAACGUUUCAUAUUUGAAGAAUUUUCACAUUUCUUUAGCAGACAUUUCGCCUAAAUCUGCUUCUCAGAUAUUUCUUUCUACUGAUGGCGUCUUCAAUGUUAGAGCCCGUGUUUUGGGUGGUGCCACUUGCAUCAAUGCUGGAUUCUAUACUAGAGCAAGCUCAAGGUAUAUUAGGAAGGCAAGAUGGGAUGCAAAACUAGUGAAUGAAUCAUACCCAUGGAUCGAGAAGCAAAUUAUACGUUGGCCAGAUCUUGCGCCAUGGCAAAGAACUGUGAGGGAUAGCCUUGUGGAAAUCGGGGUCUCACCUUUCAAUGGAUUCACUUAUGAUCAUGUUUAUGGGACCAAAGUUGGUGGAACCAUCUUUGAACAGAAUGGUUUUCGUCACACAGCUGCAGAGUUACUCUCGUCUGCAAAUCCCAAAAAUCUCGAAGUUUUGGUUCAUGCCACUGUUCAAAAGAUUGUAUUUGACACAAAUGGGAGAAAACCAAGGGCAGCAGGAGUUAUAUUUAAGGAUGAAAAUGGAAACCAACACGAAGUGUAUCUUUCAAAGAGGAAGGGGAGCGAGAUUAUAGUAUCGAGUGGUGCGAUUGGAAGCCCACAACUGCUUCUAUUAAGUGGGAUUGGACCGAAGGCUCACCUUAGAAAGAUGAACAUUACUGUUGUUCUUGAAAACAAGUUUGUUGGGGAAGGAAUGGCUGACAAUCCUAUGAAUGCUGUCUUUGUUCCCACUAAUGGAACUGUGAAACAAUCUUUGAUUCAGACAGUCGGGAUUACUAAGAAAGGUGUUUAUAUCGAGGCUAGUAGCGGGUUUGGGGAAUCUCCGGAUAGUAUCCAGAAUUGUCAUCAUGGAAUCAUGUCAUCUGAGAUUGGGCAACUAUCAACAGUCCCACCAAAAUUGAGAACAAAAGAAUUGAUGGCGAAAUAUAUCAAAGCAAAGAAAGAGCUACCAUACGAAGUGUUCAAAGGAGGUUUCAUUCUCGAGAAGAUAGCCAAGCCCAUCUCAACCGGACAUCUCAUCUUGCUCAAUAAGAACAUCGAUGAUAAUCCAUCAGUCACAUUCAAUUACUUCAGCCAUCCCCGCGAUCUCCGUCGAUGUGUGGAUGGAGUCAGAAUAAUGGAGAAAGUGGUGAUGUCUAAUCACUUUAAAAGUUAUGGGGAGUGCGAUAAAAUGACAGUUGAUAAGCUUCUUAACAUGAGUGUUCAUGCUAAUGUCAAUCUUAUCCCUAAGCAUACGAACGAUACUGAAUCGCUCGAACAGUUUUGUAAAGAUACUGUCAUCACGAUUUGGCAUUAUCAUGGCGGUUGUCAUGUGGGAAAGGUGGUGAAUGCGGAUUAUAGGGUUAUUGGAGUUCAUAGGCUUCGGGUUGUGGAUGGAUCGACUUAUAGUGAAUCUCCCGGGACUAAUCCUCAAGCAACAGUGAUGAUGAUGGGAAGGUAUAUGGGAGUGAAGAUUCUAAGAGAGAGGCUGGGAAAAGGAGCUGGAUUGUAAUGAACCAUGAUAAUAGUAUGACUAUAUAUAUGUAGGAGGAUAUGGUUAGUAGUAGGCUUUGCUAGUUUUUAGUUAUUUUAUUUGUAGAUUUCGAUGAAGGCAAUUGUGGCUUGUUUCGAUUAAAUGAUGGAUAAACUUUUGAUUCUCUCUUUUGUUAUGGGCUUUUGAUUGGGGAGCUUUCUCAAUUCUUGA